ACUCUUCCCAGAUAUCUUACUUCCUCCCCUUUACCACACCACCCUCUACGACUUUCGGAUCUUGUAGCAACUAUUUUGGUGCCUGACUCAUUGCAAGACUAUCUCGAUAUGUGAUCAGAUCUAUAGAUCAGAAUCAGAUCUACAUGUCAGCGAAAGAAACUGUCACUUUCUACUCAGAUGCUCAAUUUUAUUUGAAUUCCUCAUCGAUCUGGAACAAUAUGCCUCGCAGAUACAUUACUGCCAGUCUUUUACUUCCUUUACUACAACAAAGCUAUUAUUAUAAUGAUUCACCGCGCAAAUUAUCAUUUUGGCCCCAUGGGAUCUCUCGACGAGAAGGAUUUGCCGCGAAAAGGAACCAUAUCAGCUUCCAAAGGAACAUGUUCCCACUCGGGAGAUCCGCUUUCAAGGUCUUCGUGGGCGGGGCCGCUGCGACCUCAACACCUAAACCAUAACUCACCUCUUGAUGUGAACGGCACAUCAAUUGCCAAAGAAUCCUUCAUACUAACAUUGACCCUACCUCGAAAAGUUUGA